CUGCGCUGGUUUUUGAAGUAAUAAACAUAGCUACAAUGUUGUGAAGAAACAUUCGGCCAGCAAGCUGCGCCGUUAGUCGGGUAAUUGGAAGGUUCGGUAAAUGUCAGAUCUCUCGGUAAAUGCCUCAUAAAACGGAGUUCGUUGCCAAGGCAACUGUUCAUUAUUACUUGAACGCGAAGGUGCCAACGCCAUAAAAUUGAUUAGUUCCUUUAGAAUGAAUUGGAGCGAUCAGCAAAGCUGUACAAGCGUUCCGCCAUUUCAAGUUUUCAUCCACUGAGGAAUAGAUGAAAGGAAUACAAAUUCAAAAUGCUGAAGGAAGGGAAUCGUCUUCACUGGCGAUUGGGUUCUGAGGGAGAUAUGUGUCUUCUGUUCUUGGUAACCCAGCUGUGCUGCUUUCAAUACGUUCACUGCGGAUUUAGAGCAAUUUCUUUGAGUGGAAAGCCAACAUCACAGAGCACAACGCACAGCAGUCCUUUCCCUUCGUACAAGGCGAUCGAUGGAAUUCCAUCUACGUUCGCACACACGAUUGAUGAUGGUGGUGACCCGCAUCCAUGGUGGAAAAUCGACCUUCAAAAUGAACACUGCGUGGGACAAAUCACGGUCCAGAUCCGAUUGGAUUGCUGCGGGCUAAAUCGCUUCCUCGGCACCGUGGUGCGAGCAGGACUGAGCGCCAACUACGCCGAGAAUCGACCGUGCAGCUCGCCGGCCACCGCGGCCCAGUCCUCGCAAGGAACGGUGACCGAGUUCCCGUGCGACACGCCCCGCAUGGCUCGGUACGUCAGCCUGGACAUUGAUCCGUCGAGCUCCGGGGUAACGACGCCGAUCCUGCAAAUUGCCGAGUUGACCGUGGAGGAGCACACGACCAUCAGAGCAUGUGACCCUCGCAUCAUUCAGUCGACCAAAUUUGAGAGGCUGCACAAGAAGGGUCUGAUCGACAACCCCAACCCGUUGUCGACCAAGACCACCAGAUCCUUGACCACCUGCGCCGAUUUAUGCACGAAGGAGACCGACUGUUUUUCCUUCGAUUUCGGCAAGAGUCUCAAGCAGUGCCGACUCUACAAUCUCAACUCAACGGACAUAGUGAUGACACCCAACGAUGAAUUCGCGGUUUAUAGCGCACUCAACUGA